UAGAUAUUUGAAUAUGAAUGAAUCAAUUAUGAGAAAGUGUGUUUGCAGUUUGGUGCUUAUGGCCUUCUGUAUGAUGCCUGAGCUAGCAUCUGUGUUUGGUGCCACCAUCUCUCCUUCUUCCAUCAAUCAGGAACGACAGGCUUUGCUCAACACCGGUUGGUGGAAUGAUUACCGUAAUAUCUCUGACCAUUGUGAUUGGGAGGGUAUCUCUUGCAAUGAAGCUGGAACUGUUACUGCUAUUGAAAGUUGGCACAUGAAGACUCCUUCAUCAAAAGAAUUGCUUUGGAUAGAUAAGUUGAACUUCACUGCCUUCCCCAAUUUAGUCUCUCUGUAUCUAACUGGAAUGGGUCUUAGAGGAACCAUCCCCACAGCAAUAGGCUCACUUACUAACCUUAGCAAUCUCUUCUUGUAUAACAAUCAUCUCCAUGGUUCAAUACCACCGCAACUUGGCAACUUGACACAAUUGCAAGUUUUAUCUCUCUAUAAUAAUUCUCUAGUGGGUUCAAUCCCAUCUACACUGGGUAAUUUGAAGAGUUUGUACGGUCUCUAUCUUGAUUCAAACGAUCUUGAAGGUAGCAUUCCAACAGAAAUCGGGAAUUUGACAAAAUUAAGUGAAUUAUCUCUCUUCAAUAAUUUACUCACAGGUUCAAUUCCUCCUAAUUUGGGUCAACUAGAAAGCUUGACAAACUUCUUUCUUCAAGCCAACCAAAUUAUCGGUGUUAUACCAGUAGAAUUUGGAAAUUUGAAAAGUUUACAAACAUUAUAUCUCUCAAAUAAUUCUCUCAGUGGUUCAAUCCCUCCUACUUUGGGUCGUUUGGGGAAUUUGAAACAUCUCUUCCUUGAUUCUAACCAAAUAGAAGGUCACAUUCCAGAAGAAUUAGGAAAUUUGUCCAAAUUGGAAGUUUUGCAACUUUCUCAUAAUAAGAUUUCAGGAAUAUUACCUCCAAAACUUUUGCAAAUGGACAAAAUGUCCUCUUUAUAUCUCUCGUCAAAUCAGUUAUGUGGUUCAAUACCAUUAAAAACCAUGAAAUGUCCCUAUCAUACAGGAGUUGAUUUGAGCCAUAACUUAUUUAAUGGGACAAUAACCUCUGAAAUUGGUUGUAUAAAUGACCUCAGUCUGAGUCACAAUUUUCUUGUUGGUGAGAUUCCAUUUCUUUUUAGAAGAAGCUUCAUACUUAGUCGAUUGGAUCUUAGUUAUAAUAAUUUUUCGGGCAAAAUACACAAGGAACUUGCUAGUCUAUCAUACAUAAACCUUGCAUACAAUUCCUUUGACUUCUCACAAGACCUUGACUCAAAAUCAAACCUACCAGAUUACUGCUAUUUCCAGGAAGACUCAUUAAUCAAUGAUCACCACAUGCCCAAUUUCACAUACUGCCACUUGCUCCACCAAACAAAUCCUCAAACUAGGAAAAGUAAGCCUAUGAUCAUGUUAAUUGUUCUUCCUAUCAUUUUCUUCAUUCUUUUAUUACUCCUUUCAAUAUUAUAUUUCUCAAGAUGUAAGCCUAAGAAAAAGUGUGAAGGAAUAGAAACAAAGAAUGGAGACUUGUUUUCUAUAUGGAACUAUGAUGGUAAAAUUGCAUUUGAGGAUAUCAUUGAAGCAACCGAAGACUUUGACCUCAAGUACUGUAUCGGGACAGGCGCAUAUGGCAGUGUUUAUAGAGCACAACUACCCAGUGGAAAUAUUGUUGCAUUAAAAAAGCUCCACCGUGUGGAAUCUCAAAAUCCAUCAUUUGACAAAAGUUUUAGGAAUGAGGUGAAGAUGUUAACAGAAAUCCGUCAUAAAAAUAUCGUAAAGCUUCAUGGCUUUUGCCUCCACAACCGGUGCAUGUUUCUGGUAUAUCAAUACAUGGAAAGAGGUAGUCUAUUUUAUAUUUUGAAUAAUGAGGUGGAAGCUAAGGAGCUGAAUUGGAGUAAGAGGGUAAAUGUCAUUAAAGGGAUGGCACAAGCUUUAUCCUACAUGCAUCAUGAUUGCAGCCCACCAAUUGUUCAUCGAGAUGUAACAAGUAGUAAUGUUCUAUUAAACUCACAAUUAGAGGCUUGUGUCUCAGACUUUGGCACAGCUAGACUCCUUGAUCCUGAUUCUUCAAAUCAAACCUUGGUAGUUGGGACUUAUGGCUACAUUGCCCCAGAGCUUGCUUAUACAUUAAGAGUGACAGAAAAAUGUGAUGUUUUUAGUUUUGGGGUGGUGACUAUGGAAACAUUAAUGGGAAAACAUCCUAGAGAGCUAAUAUCAGCUUCAUCAAACCCAACUACUCAAAAUAUGUUGGUGAAAGAUCUCUUGGAUUCACGUCUUCCUCUUCCUCUUCGGAAAGAUGCUCAAGAUAUAUAUCUUGUGAUAAAUGUAGCAUUAUCAUGUUUGUGCUUCAAACCAAACUUGAGGCCAUCAAUGCAGCAAGUGACUGAGAAACUCUCUAGUUUCAAAUUCCCAUUAAAUUUGCCUUUCCAUGAAAUUUUCAUCCAUCAAGUGAUGAGUCAAGACAUAUUUCAUCUUUCAUCCAAUUUUCAAGAAUGAACUCUAGUGAGCCAAAGUUAAGGGAAGUAACAAUGUUUUGCAUAUUUAGACAAGUAAGAGUUUAUCCUUCAUUAAAUGCAAACAAUUUAGGUCAUUUUGUUUUUCUAGUUUACAUGAACAACUUCUUUGUCAUUUUGGUUUACCUUUAUUCAUUUAUAGUGUGACUAAUCAUGUCAUCAUUUACCUUUCUCGUAAUAAGAUUUCAGGUUUAAUACAUCCAAUACUAUUGCAAUGGCCACAAUAUCCUCUUCUAAAAGCUCCAUGACUUUUUCCUCCAGAAUUGGUGCAUGUGCUUUUGGUCUAUCAAUACAUGGAAAGAGAUAGUUUAUUUUAUAUUUUAAUCCAUCAAUUGAUGAGUUUGUACAUAGGUUACCUUUGA